UGUCAUUAGUGUCAUAGGUAAAAAUAAUAAAAACGUAAUACUUACACAAGAAAAUAUUCAAUUUAGAUAGAUUAUCGCCCUUCGGGGUGUAAAACUUUGUUAAUAGUGCAAAAUGUCGUUAAGAGCCUUAGGAACUCGUUUAUUUAAACAUGGUAGUGUACUUAUUCGAAACACACGAAACAAAAGAGAAUUCAACACCAAAACUAUUGCCGACAAAAUUAAUGCUGCUGCUUCACAUACUCCUCCCAGCAACUUCACCAGCAAUCAGGUAGUACCUCGAAGCUUCGCAUUACGAAAUGUUGGAGUGCAAAUUGGUCUUCAAGCUCGAAGAAUAUUAAUUGACAAUGUUCUAAAUCGAGUAACUAAUAGUUUAGCUGCAGAUCUUAGAAAACGGGCAGCUAGAAGGAUCCUAUUUGGAGAUUCUGGACCAUUUUUUGCUUUAGUUGGAGUAAGCUUAGCUUCUGGAACAGGCAUUCUUACCAAAGAAGAAGAACUGGAAGGGGUAUGCUGGGAAAUAAGAGAAGCUGUUUCCAAACUAAAAUGGCACCAUCAGGAUAUCGAUCUCGAUGAAACACGAUUCGAAACUUCUCCGAUUAGCCUAGACGAUCUUUCUUUUGGCAAACCCUUGGCGAAGGGAGCAAAUGCUGUUGUGUAUGCUGCAAAUCUGAAAAGCUGUGAUUUGAACGUUUCUGAACAGAGUAAUCCUGUAAUUGAUAUUAAAGACACAGAAAACGAUGACAGCAAUAAAUUUCCACUCGCUCUGAAGAUGAUGUUUAACUAUGACAUCCAGUCGAAUGCAAUGGCCAUAUUGAAUGCUAUGUAUCGAGAAACUGUACCAGCUAGACUGUAUCACAGUAACAUUGGAAUAUCAGAUUGGGAAAUUGAUUUAUCAGAAAGGAAUAGGCAUUUACCACCCCACCCAAAUGUAGUCUCCAUUUUUUCGGUCUUCACAGAUUAUGUACCUGAAUUGCAAGACUGCCGUGGUCUGUACCCUGCCGCACUUCCAAGACGGAUUCAUCCGGAUGGCGAAGGAAGAAAUAUGUCCCUGUUUCUGCUAAUGAAAAGAUACAGCACCAAUCUAGAAAACUUCCUACGCACAUCUCCAGUGUCUGUGAGAUCAUCUGUGCUUCUCUUUACUCAACUUCUUGAAGGUAUAGCUCAUAUAAACGCACAUGGAAUAGCACAUCGUGACCUUAAGAGCGACAAUUUGUUGCUCGAUACUUCCGAACCAGAAGCUCCGAUGUUGGUGAUAAGUGAUUUUGGCUGUUGUCUAGCUGAUAAAGCUAAUGGUUUAAUGCUGCCUUAUACAAGCUACGACGUUGAUAAAGGCGGCAAUACAGCCCUGAUGGCACCAGAGAUAUUGUGUCAGGUGCCUGGUACUUUUAGUGUAUUAAAUUACACCAAAUCGGAUCUGUGGGCUGCUGCAACAAUAGCAUACGAAAUAUUUGGUGCUAGGAAUCCAUUUUAUAAAAGCAAUGAUCAAAUCUACUUAAAAAGUUCUGGUUACAAAGAAGAAGAUCUUCCUGCUCUGCCAACAGAAGCUCCAUAUAUUAUAAAGAUGUUGAUCAAAAAUCUACUACAACGAAAACCUAAUAAACGUCUUAAUCCAGAGGUGGCUGCGAAUGUUUGCCAGUUGUAUUUAUGGGCGCCAAGUUCAUGGAUAAAGACAGAAGCCAGAAAGUUGCCAUCUAGUGCUGAGAUUUUGCAGUGGCUAUUAAGUCUCACAACCAAAAUACUCUGCGAAGGCAGAAUUGCCAACAGACGCUUUUCCCAAUCUGCCCAGCCAGACUCGGAGCAAGCUAACAUGGAAAAAGGUGGCAGGCGAACUUACCCGGAGUAUCUGCUGAUAUCCAGUUUCUUAGUAAGGGCCAAGUUAUCGAACAUAAAAACCGCUCUGGCUUGGAUCCAGGAAGUAAAUUGCGUUGAUUUUUGAGUUAAUUCUAGUAAUAUAAUGUAUAAGUGAUAUUUUAUCCUUCCAGUAAAUAGUUUAGUUUCACCUUCUUUGGUUCAUCAUCAUCAACCUGUAUGCGUCCACUGCUGGAGGUAGGUCUCCCUUAGCUUUUUUCGUCUAUCUCUGUCUUGUGAGACCCUUCUAUGUUAAUAAGGUAAAAAUAAAAUUAUGAAGAUCCUAACAAAUCAGUCAUACAGCGCCACUUAUUUUAAAGAUCGCAAGAAAUGUUAAAUCCUUUUUUUAAUGCUGCAAUCCUUUUAGUAGAAGAGCUGAUUUCUCAGCGAUUGUAUCUUUUGUGAUUUCUUCUGAGUUAUUUCAUAAUAUCUCUCUGACAUCCAUUCAUGUGUUAGACUGCUUUGUAUCACCUUUUUGUCGUAUAUUGUAAACUUCUAGUGUGGAUUUAUACCAACUUGUUUUUUCUUUAUGACAGGUAUCUAGUAUUUUAGACAAUUGCUGAAAAAUGUUGAGGGGUGAUAUUCUGAAGAAAUUAUCACGAAAGUGUUACGAUCGGUGUCACCACCGAAUCAAUUUAAAUCCCUAGAAAAAUGAGAAUUUGCACUGAUUCUUAUUGGUUGAAGCGUAUUGUAAUUGCCUUCAAUAAGACAAUAUUCAAUCGACAAGGUUUGAAAGCUCUUCUUUUUAAUACUUGCAUUAACAAUAGUUCUUGAAAACAAUUAGUUUUUAUCUAUUCCUAACCAAAGAGGGUACAUUAUUACAAAAUGUUUGUGGUACAUUAUUAUAUAUUAUAAUACUAACAUCAUAUAUGGUUUUAGUUUAACGAAAAUACAAUAUAUUACUAUUGGAAUUAAAAUAUCAAAUGGUCAAUGCUUAUAAAGACUGUUGUUGUUGUGAUUAAUAAUUGUUUGAGGUUAGGUGAUGUAAUAUAUCUUUAUGAAAUAAAAAAUAUAUAGAUUUUUA